GUUGCUGGCUUCACGCUACGUACAUGGUUCACACGUGCAGUUAUGUCUAAAGCAAAACAAAAGCGAGCGAAACGGCUGGGGUUAUGCGGUAAAAAGGGUAAAGAUGGGCAGAAGUCUCAGACUGGAAGGAAAGAUCCUGGCUUACCUAAUGUGCGCAUCUUCAAAGAACACAGUCAGAGACAAGCUGAACUCAGAAAGCAAAGGAUGGAAGAACAACAGCAGAGGCAGAAAUUGUCAAGAGAUAAGGAGAUGAUGAAGAGGAGAAGUCUAGACACUUUCCAGAAAGACAUUCAGCUACGGCAGAAAGAGUUUGAACAGAGAGAACUACAAAUGCAAAACUUAGAGAAACAUGUCAAUUUUGAAACCGAGAACUCCAGAAAAGCGUACUGCAGAGAAUUUAAAAAGGUAAUAGAGGCAGCAGAUGUUAUUUUAGAGGUUCUGGAUGCCAGAGACCCUUUAGGGUGUCGCUGUCCACAGGUUGAGCAAGCUGUUGUCCAGAGUGGAACCAAUAAGAAAAUUGUGCUUGUUUUAAAUAAAAUUGAUUUAGUGUCCAAGGACAUUGUAGAAAAAUGGAUCAAGUAUCUUCGCAACGAGUUUCCCACUGUGGCUUUCAAAUCAUCAACGCAACAGCAGAACAAAAAUUUGAAACGCAGCCGUGUGCCUGUAACUCAGGCUACAGAAGAACUCCUUGGAAGCAGCGCUUGUGUCGGAGCAGAUUGUCUAAUGAAACUACUAGGAAACUACUGCCGUAAUCUGGAUAUAAAAACUGCCAUAACUGUAGGAGUGGUUGGUUUUCCUAACGUGGGAAAGAGCAGUUUAAUAAACAGUUUGAAGCGUGCUCGUGCUUGCAAUGUCGGUGCUACACCUGGAGUUACUAAGUGUUUACAGGAGGUUCAUCUAGACAAACACAUUAAACUGUUAGAUUGUCCUGGUAUUGUCAUGGCAACCUCAACCAGCGAUGCUGCCAUGAUACUUCGAAAUUGUGUGAAGAUUGAGCAACUAGUGGACCCGAUUCCCCCUGUUGAAGCCAUCUUGAGGCGCUGCAAUAAAAAACAGAUUAUAGAACACUAUGGCAUUGCAGACUUCCAGACAGUACAUGAGUUCCUGGCCUUACUUGCUCGUCGUCAAGGAAAACUCAGGAAGGGAGGACUGCCUGACACUGAUAAAGCUGCUAAGAGUGUUCUUAUGGAUUGGACGGGGGGUCGCAUCAGUUACUUCACACAUCCUCCAGAAACACACAUGCUGCCCACACAUGUCAGUGCUGAGAUUGUAGCUGAGAUGGGCAAAGCAUUUGAUUGGGAUGAACUGGAGAAGGGCAAUCUGGAAGCAUUGGCUGAAUGUGGCACAUCGGACGCACAGAUGGGGUUCUGCAUGGCUACAUCUGGAAUGACACAAGGAGGUCAAGGAGAACCAGAGGAGCUACAAAUGGAAGAACCUUCAGAGGACCCUGACCUCCAAGACCCAGCUGAAUCAAUGGAUGCAGAUGAGGAUCCAGAGUUUGGACCAAUGACAAUCGAGCUCAAAGUCCAAAAGGCAAAAACUGGUGGUGGAGUUGAAGCAGUAGGCCCAAAGCCAGUGGACUUAAAAGAUAUCCUGGAUGUUGACCCACUGCUGCAAGGCCAGGCACUUCUGGCAGCCAACAAAAAAAGAAAGAAGCAGCAAAAAAGAGCUGAUAAACUGGGCACCAAACUUUCAGAUUCACUUACAUCAGCUUUAAAUUUCUCCUUCACUGACAGCUAAUGUGAUCAGUAAAUCAAGACCUUAAUUGUAUAUUUAAAUGUACAAUUUAAAAUAUAAAAAUAAAUCAUAUUUUCUCUGGACUAAUGUUUAA